AUCUAAACGAAACUUGUCAUCUUGGCAAAUUUGCCAAAUGCUACGUUUUGCUUUUUUUCUUCUGUUUUCUCAUAGAUUUUAGGGAUAAGUAAUUUAAUUUCAGUAUGUAAUUGAAGAUUCUAGUAUAAGCUACCUUCCACUAGCUUAGUUUGUCGUGAAAUUUGUGAUCUGAGAAGAAAUACUGCAAAAAUGACGACCCCAGGAGCUUCAUCGUCACAGUCUGCAUCGGUCCAAGAGUUCAAGAUCAGAGUGCCAAAGAAUGUGAAGAAGAAGUACCACGUGAUGCGGUUCAAUGCCACACUGAAUGUUGACUUUGCCAAGUGGAAUCAUGUGAAGAUGGAAAGAGAGAACAAUAUUAAAGAGUUUAAAGGAAUCGAAGAGGAUAUGCCAAAGUUCGGUGCGGGGUCCGAGUACGGGCGCGACGUGCGCGAGGAGGCGCGGCGCAAGAAGUUCGGCAUCAUCUCCCGCAAAUACAAGCCCGAAGACCAGCCCUGGAUACUGAAGGUCGGCGGAAAGACUGGCAAGAAAUUCAAGGGCAUCCGUGAAGGUGGCGUAUCUGAGAACGCUGCCUACUACGUGUUCACGCACGCGGCCGACGGCGCCAUAGACGCAUACCCGCUGCAAGAAUGGUACAACUUCCAGCCGAUUCAGCGGUAUAAAGCUCUGUCAGCUGAAGAAGCAGAACAGGAAUUCGGCAGACGCAACAAGGUGAUGAACUACUUCUCGCUGAUGUUCCGCAAGCGCAUGCGCGGUGAUGACAUCGCCGACGGCGAGGAUGACCCCGACGAAAAAAAACCUAAAGGCUCUAAGGCCAAAAAAGAUCUCAAAAUAUCAGACAUGGACGAAUGGAUAGACUCGGACGACGAUUCAUCAGACUCCGAUGAUAAUAAAAAUAAAGACGAAGAUAGCGACUCCGGCGCUAAGAAGAAGGAAAAGAAGAAAGGUGCAGCACCAAAAAAGAAGAAGAAGGUAGAAGAUGAGGCGUUCGAGGAAAGUGACGACGGUGACGAGGAGGGACGGGAGAAGGACUACAUCUCCGACUCAUCGGAUAGCGAGUCGGACCACGAGACUAAAGCUAAUAAGGAACUUAAAGGAGUUGCUGAGGAAGAUGCGCUCAGAAAGCUGCUAACAUCAGACGAGGACUCUGAUGAGGAGGAGGAACAGAAGCAGGAUUCUGAGCAGGAGGACGAGCCCACCAAGGAGGGCGAGGAGCGCGCCAGCAAGCUCACCAAGAAGAAGAAGAAGACAGACACACCCAAGAAAGAUUCGAGCAGUGAGCUGAGUUCAGAUUCAGACACGGACCCAGAGAGCGGGUCUACCACCAAGAAACCCAAGAAGAGCAAGGAAAAGACCAAGGACAGUGACAAGAAUGGCUCCAGCAACUCUGCUGCACCAGGUGGCGCCAGCCUGCCUCGGGCCGGCACGCCGCCCUCAGCCGCCGCCAGUGCGGUGGCGGCCGCCAACGCCGCCAACGCUCAGCAGCCACCCAGCAAGCGACCCAAGCUUGACGCCUCUUACACCGAAUGCGGCGUGACGGAGGAGGCGGUGCGCCGCUACCUCGCCCGCAAGCCGAUGACUACGACCGAGCUAUUGACAAAGUUCAAGUCGAAGCGCACCGGCGUGAGCAGCGAGCGGUUGGUCGAAACCAUGACGCAGAUCCUCAAGCGGAUCAACCCGCUCAAACAGAACAUCAACGGCAAGAUGUACCUCAGCAUCAAGAACACUGCAUAGGCAAUGUGGUCGAGUUCUGGCACGCGGCACCAGUGGUUCUGCGGCGUGGCAGCAAUGAACAUCUGGACGAAGUAGACGAAGGCGAAGAUGAACCCGAAAGGCAGCAUGGCGACGAACAGCCACUUCUGGUAGCGGCCCAUCUCGCCGAUGUAGCUAAGCACUGACUCGAGGGUGUCGCUGUCUUCAUGAUUCUUCUUGUUCAAUUCUUCUUUUGUUUCCUAAAACAAAACACCAUUGGGUCGUGUACGGUCACGAGCAUUAAUAUGUAUACACUUUGGUACCAUGUCACAUUAACUUUUUUGACAAAUUAAACCGUAAUUCUCAUUAAAUGUCAAAUAUGAUAGUGCGACAGGGUUCUAAAAUGGGUACAUGAUAUUGCUCAUGACUGUACUACAUAACAUAACAAAUAU